CAAGGUUCCUGCAGAGAACUACACCAGAGGACGAGAUCUCAAGGACAGUGACGUGAGGAUGAAGCUGGCCCUGUUUGCUAUCCUGCUGGUGAUCGUUGUGGUCCAGCCCCAAGGCACCAGUGGAUAUUACUGGAAACGUAGAAGUGCAACAGUCUAUGUGGACUGUGGCAGAGGCCUGCGUGGAGAUGGGAUUUUAGGCAAGACUGAUGGCUAUGUCAAGGUGAAAAUUGGCCGGAGGACCCUCAGUACCAAAGUCAUUAACAACAACAACAACCCCAACUGGUUUACGUAUUUGAGAUUCGGAACAACCUACUCCCGAAUUGGACAUGUGGAGAUCUGGGACAAAGACAGUGGAUUUUGGUGGAACAGGGAUGAUCUACUGGGAAGAUGCUACUUCUACAUGUACCCAGGACGCAGAACGCUCACCUGCAGGCUGAGACAUGGUUUUGUCAGGUUCUCCUACACUUAUGUUUAACCUACCUGAAAAUGAAGUGAAAUAUGGACAGUAAACAGUAAAGCAAAAAGGAUACUUCUGAUCAGUCGUGUUUAAUUAAUUUUAAAUGUUUAAUUUUCAAUGAGGGAAAUGGUUUUGAUCUGAUUCUGAGAGCGAUCCUGUGUUUCUGUAAUUGUGAAUGAAUAAAAUCAAUAUCAAGAGAACAAUCUCUCUGGUCAAGGCCAUUGAAGCUCUGUUCUGUCCUUGCUGAGUGUUGUCUGCAUGAAGGCAUACUCAGCUAUACAGACAGCUAAACACUAUCCUAAUCAAGCUCCCAAGGAACAGACAGAUUUGUCGAAUUUGCCAGAAUAUGCAAUUAUGACAUAUAGCUCUAUCAAAUUAUCACCUUCCAUUGCUGGUACCUCUAAACAGAGAUUUCAUUCACCAGCCAGAAUUGAUCAGAUAUAUUCCAGUACAAUCCGUUGACAAGUCUAGCCUAUGUUACAACAUGAGUGCUCAUAGCUAUACUGAAUGACAUGCUGAAUUUGUUUGAAUGCUGCUGGCCAUUCAAAAAUUCUGCUAAAAGUUGUUCUCUGUGUGGAAAAGUAAAAUGUAUAUUAAAAGAAGCAGCAGCAUUGUCUAACUGUGUCAUACUAUGGCCAAUGUAUUUCUUCCUUUGGGGGAGUAGAGCAUUUGUUUCACAGUUUGAGCAUAUAUAUCUCUAUAUAUAUAUCUAUAUCUAUCUAUCUAUCUAUCUCUAUCUAUAUCUAUCUA